AAGAACACAACCGUCCUACGUUAGUAAAUGCUCAAAUGAAGAUGGACUCAUCAGACCAUCUAUAAAUCUCUCCUUCCCUUUUCAGCCCCACUCAUCUAUGUCUGCACCUUCUUCCCUAGUCAUCCAUUCCAGUCUGGUUUUCCGGCCUGUUUUGCCACUUUUCCAACACCUCCGACGUCGUCUCGUAGCACUUUGAAGGAGACCCAACAGCCUUUCAAUCCCGAACCCGGUUAUCCGAGGUUGGGUUUCGGUGUUCAGGUGUGGGCCCACCAUCUUAACUUCAGCGGGUUGUAGUGCAGUUGAUUAGCUGGAAAGCGGGUCGCUGGACGCUGACGGAGAGGAUUACUUUUUUCAGCUUUUGGUGGACCACACAAUCACAUGGACACCUCUACCGUACUGUUGCUUUUUGCUGCCAUCUCAGCGUAUUUGCUCUGGUUCACGUUCAUGGCACGUACGCUGCGCGGGCCGCGCGUGUGGCCGCUGGUCGGUAGCCUUCCGGGACUCAUAGAGAACUGCGACCGCAUGCACGACUGGAUCGCCGAGAACCUCCGCACGUGCGGUGGCACGUACCAGACCUGCAUCUGGGCUAUCCCCUUCCGGGCCCACAAGCAGGGUCUGGUUACUGUCACGUGCGACCCGCGCAACCUGGAGCACAUUCUCAAGACCCGCUUCGACAACUACCCGAAAGGUCCGACGUGGCAGUCCGUCUUCCACGACCUCCUCGGCGAAGGGAUCUUCAACUCGGAUGGUGACACGUGGCUCUUCCAGAGAAAGACGGCCGCGCUUGAGUUCACGACGCGGACGCUGCGCCAAGCCAUGUCACGGUGGGUGAGCCGCGCCAUUAAGUUGCGUUUUUGCCCCAUCCUCAAGGCGGCUCAGCUCGAAUCAAAGCCAGUUGAUCUCCAGGACCUGCUACUUCGGCUCACGUUCGACAACAUCUGCGGCUUGGCUUUCGGCAAGGACCCGGAGACCCUGUCCGCGGGUCUGCCGGAGAACGGGUUCGCCAUGGCCUUUGAUCGCGCCACGGAGGCCACCCUCCAACGGUUCAUAUUGCCCGAGAUCGUGUGGAAGCUCAAGAAGUGGCUUGGGCUCGGCAUGGAAGUCGACUUGGGCCGGAGCCUAAGGAACAUAGACGACUACCUCUCGCGCGUGAUUGAAGCGAGAAAGGUCGAGCUGAUGACUAUGCAGCAGGGCGGGACCGCUCACGAUGACCUGCUGUCCCGGUUCAUGAGGAAAAAGGAGUCCUACUCAGACUCCUUCCUCCAACACGUGUCUCUUAAUUUCAUCCUAGCUGGCCGUGACACGUCAUCUGUUGCGCUGAGCUGGUUCUUUUGGCUCGUGUCCUUACAUCCAACCGUCGAGGCUAAGAUUGUCCAUGAGAUUUGCACGGUCUUAAUUAAGACGCGAGGCGCGGAUUCAGCCAAGUGGCUUGACGAGCCACUUGGCUUUGAAGAGGUAGACUGCUUAGUCUACCUCAAAGCCGCGCUCUCAGAGACCCUCCGGCUCUACCCUUCAGUGCCGGAGGACUCUAAGCACGUCGUCAGUGAUGACAUGCUGCCCAAUGGGACAUUUGUCCCAGCAGGCUCUGCAAUCACGUACUCAAUCUACUCAGCAGGCCGCAUGAAGGCAAUCUGGGGUGAGGAUUGCAUGGAAUUCAAGCCAGAGCGCUGGCUAUCAGCCGACGGCUUGCGAUUCGAGCUGCAUGACUCAUACAAGUUUGUGGCAUUCAAUGGUGGGCCGCGAAUUUGUUUGGGCAAGGACUUGGCCUACCUUCAGAUGAAAUCGAUCGCCGCUGCGGUCUUUCUGCGCCACCAGCUCACGUUGGCUCCAGGCCAUCGCGUGGAGCAAAAGAUGUCGCUUACAUUGUUCAUGAAGUAUGGGCUCAAAGUUAACGUGCACCAUCGGGACUUGGCACCCGUCAUCGCAGCCCUUUGCAAGCGCGAUGAAGUGGUGAACCAUACAGAUGCCAUGAUGAACGGUGGGGGUCGCAUGAUUCCCGAUGGUGUUGAGAUGGUGGCCGGAGUUGCUUAGGAGGAGCGUUUGGCCGUCUUAUUUGAUUUUGUUUGUGAAUAUAUGAUGUGGGAAGGAGUUGAGGAUAUGGGGUUUGUUUUUUUCAUAAAAAGAGAGGAUAAGUGAGUGAGGUGUGUAAUGAUUGUGUUAUUUUUAAUCAUAAGAGAAACAUAUAUGAAUUAGUGUUUAAAUUA